GUAUCCAGUAAGAUGUUUCAAGGACUAAAGAAGUUUGGAUUGAAUUAUUGCGAUUUGCAGACCAUGAUUUCGAACGUCUCUGUGUUUCUGCGACUACUUGUCAUUAAUAUUGAUAAACGGGAUAAAAAUAAAAUUCCCUUGAUAUCAUAUAUAGUAACAUUCGUGGCGUCAGCUUGCUACUUCUACGUGUACUGUGUGUCCAUGGUCUGGUUCGUGUUCUGGCGUUGCGCGGAGACCGGUGACACUAUCGCCGGGAUUGUGGUCUUCUCGCUUGGUGUGGCUAGCGAGAUUGCGACAUUCAAACUCUUGUACAUGUACAUGUACAGUGACACUAUAAGAGACAUUGUCGAAGGUUAUAUCACGUUGGAUCGUGAAGUGGUUCCCGGGAGUCGAAAGUCCUUCAACUUGACCAAGUCCCUUAGAGUUGUUAAAAAACGGGCCAUUCUGUUUUGGUGCGUAAUCGUCAUGAACGGUUUCGUUUACUUCGCAAAAGCUGUCAUUCUUCCUGGGAGACAUGUUAUGGAGGAUUCCUUUAUAUUUUUGGGACUAGAACCGAUGUUUGAGACGCCAAACUAUCAAGUUGCAUUCGCAGCCAACACCAUGGGUGUUUUCUUUACGUGCUAUUUAACUUCAAACAUAAGCGCAUUCUUUAUAAUAAUAGCUGGAUAUACAGAAGCGCAAAUGUUGGCUAUUAGUGAAGAUCUCAUACAUUUAUGGGAUGAUGCUAAUAAUGACAGUUUUCUUAAUUCUAUUGAUCUGAAUGAUAAUAAUGUAUCUCCAACAAAUAAAGUUGAAAUUCUAAACAAAAAUGUAAAUAAACGUCUAAUAGAAAUAAUCAAAUGCCAUACCAUGAACAUAGAUUUGUUAAAAAAGGUUGAAAAUGUUUUCCAAGGAGCGAUAGCGAUAGAGUUUUUUAUUUUAAUUGUAUCUCUAAUAGCAGAAUUGCUGGGUGGAUUGGAGAACACAUAUCUACAAUUGCCAUUUGCAUUAAUGCAAGUUGCGAUGGACUGUAUUACAGGACAGAGGCUCAUGGACUCCAGUUCUUCGUUUGCUCUUGCGGUCUAUGACAGUAAGUGGGAAUAUUUCGAUGUAAAGAAUGCUAAAAUUGUUCUACUGAUGUUGCAAAAUGCUCAGAAAACUUUGAAGCUGUCUGCGGGUGGUAUCACGAUGCUUAGUGUUGCGUGCCUUAUGUCUGUGUUAAGGUCCAUUUAUUCAGCAUACACUACGCUCCGUACUACAAUGAAUUAA